AUGUUUGUUACUUACGGCCUUCGAGUUCUGACGGUUUGUACGUGUAUCGGCAUGAGCUUUAGCGAUUCACCAGGACGGGCUUGUUAUCAUGCCAAGAUUUGUGUUCAUAACGCCGUGGAAAAGUGUGGUAUCGAUACAAAGGGCACCCUUCGCAGAUUUCUCGAUUCUUGUGAUAUAAAGGAAUACAACUGUUUGAAAGGAACUGAUUUUAUCAAAACUAAUUAUGAAAAAUGUGCGUCUCUACCGCCUAUUAAAGAAAAGAGAGAAAAGCAACAUUCUAGCAAUAAACCUCUAAACAAAGAUACAAAUGCUAAGGAAAUAGAGGAAGGUAAAAAUAACGAUUUAAAGCGAGAAGAUAACGUGGAAGAUGAUAAGGAGGAAGAAGAAGACAAGGUGGAAGAAGGAGAUAAGGUGGAAGAAGAAGACAAGGUGGAAGAAGGAGAAAAGGUGGAAGGAGAAGACAAUGUGGAAGAAGAAGACAAAGUGGAAGAAGGAGAAAAGGUGGAAGGAGAAGACAAUGUGGAAGAAGAAGACAAUGUGCAAGAAGAAGACAAGGUGGAAGAAGACAGGAUCGAAGAAGAAGACAAGGUGGAUGAAGAAGAUAAGUUGGCAGAAGAAGCUAUGGUGCAAGUAGAAGUGCGGGAGGAAGAAGUAAUGGAUGAAAACGUGAAUGCUGAUGAAGAGCAAGGUAUCAACAAAGAUGACACAAAAGAUAAUGACGAUAUAGAAGAGAAUGACAAUCGGGACAAUGAUGAAAUUACGGACAACAAUGCGUCAGAAGUAAACGACGUUGAUAAAAUAGACGACAAAGAUAAUGAUGAUGAGGCACAAUCACUGAAUGCUGAA